UCGCGCCUUCCUUUCCUGCUAUACAGCUAGCUCAAUUGUCAUUACACGAUUCACUCAUAUCAGGUUAUGACAUCCUGAACCACUGUAGGUCUUGUCGCUGUCGUGGCUAUUGAACAGGUUGUUAGCUGUGGAAACGGUGGCUGGAGGCUCGUUAAGAUGGUCAGGGCUGGCGGUAUUUUGAAGUUAGCAGCGCUCAUCUUUGUGUUCCUCCUAGCUGUCUUUCUGGCUUUCCAACUGCUGGAGAUCAACAUGGAUUUCAAUCUGAGCAGCAUGAUGUCAAGAUCUGUGCCAGUGGAUGAAGCCCCAACAAAGCCAGUCAGGUAUAAGUGUGGCCUGUCCAAGUCAUGUCCGGCUGGACACUUUGCCUUCAAAAUGGCGAGUGGAGCGGCCAGUGUAGUGGGACCCAGAAUCUGCCUAGAGGACAAAUUAAUAAUGAGCAGUGUGAAGAACAAUGUGGGGAGAGGAAUCAACAUUGCCCUGGUCCACGGCAGAACAGGGGACGUUAUGAAGACAGACUUUUUUGACAUGUGGGCAGGAGAUGUGGCUCCUUUAAUUAAAUUCCUGAAGGAAAUUGAAGACGGGACAGUGGUGAUGAUGGCCUCAUUUGAUGAUCCCUCAACAAAGCUCAACGAUGAAGCCAGGAAGCUAAUUGCUGAUCUGGGCAGCUCAGUUAUCACUAGUUUGGGUUUCCGGGAUAACUGGAUCUUUGUGGGAGGGAAAGGCAUCAAAACCAAGAGUCCAUUUGAGCAGCACAUAAAGAACAGCGCAGACACCAACAAAUUUGAGGGAUGGCCUGAGGUGUUGGAGAUGGAAGGCUGCGUGCCCCAGAGACAGGACUGACUCUUGCUGUGACCAUUUACUUAGAAGAACAACGUGUCUCCGGAAGAUAUUGGCAAGAAAGAGGAACGUCAGUGAGCCCUGAGCAGGACAGCGAAGCUCGGAACUCCCUGCACUUCUCCCUCCGCUUGGAUACCAUUACAUAGAUGCUUAUUGGGUCUUGUAAUCGGAACUAGCAGGUUGAGUGCACUGAUUAGAAGGGACUUUGAUUAUUGGCAUACAUUCAGACUAUCUGUAAGGUCCACAGACGUAGCUUGAGAGUGUUGGAUUAUUGCAUUUCUGUUGAAGGAAAUGGAUGUCAAAGCUGAGACUUUUUUUUUUUGGGAGGCCAAAUUUCUGUUGCCUGUUCCUUUGCCUUAAUCUCAUUGUGCUAUUCACAUUUUCUUUUGUUUUCAUCAUGUCAUGAUUCUCUGAUUCCUUGUUUCAGUGUUGUGUUUAUUUUGAAAAGAUUAAUAUUAACAGGGUUUGAAGACGUCUCUGUUCAUGAUCUUAUAACCAAAUGCACCAAAUUCACUGUGAACUUUGUAAAUAUUUGUUUAGAGGAGGACUCAGAUUUGAGAGAUCCUCAUUUAACGAACCUUGUAAUAAUAAUAAUAUAAUUUCUUAAAAUAAAUGAUAUUGUUAGUAAUAUGUGUGCGUGUGGGUUAAAAGUGUGUUGUCUCAUCUACAAGUGAUAUCUAGUUAUUUCCUGUUUUAAUUUUUUGUGUUCAUAUGCAGCAGACCUCAUACUCGGAGCAUGUAACGGCAAUCAGUGUCACUUUACCUGUUAAUCAUUACUGUGUCAGUCUUGCCAUUUUACAGCCACUUUCAAAGAUGCAUGAGGCUGUUGGCGUUCGGACUGAUAUACUGAAGUUCAUGUGGUUGAAAGAAACACACACUGUUCCGUUAACCACUUGUCAGGUUUUUGUUUCGACUUUCUGUCUGAUUUUCGGUUUCCAGUUUCUGUGGAAGGAAUUUAAAUGCAGCACUUACUUUUAAAAGAACACCAGCUGUAUUUUUAAGGUCUUUUAAAGGCUGCUUGUACCAGGUUCUUCCAGCUGCUGCUAAUUGACAAUCAGCCUAAUAUGAUACAUCUGUGCAGCUGUGUUUGUAAUGUGUGAUUUCCUCACGUCUUUUCCCGUUACUUUGUCCAUCACUCGUAUGUCUACCGUCCCAGAACAGCUGCACCGGUGCUAAUAUGGCUGGUUUUAUUAUAGUGCAGUGAAUACACACAGUGUGUGAGUGAGAUGUCAUUUUGCCCACCUCUUCAUUUACAGGUUGUGGACAAAUUAACACAAAUGAAAUUAGAAUUUAACCCAAUACAACACCACACAAAGUGAACAUGUAGAGUUUAUUAAGUGCCUCUGUGACAGUCUCAACAAACUGAAAAUGCAAAGCAUAACAAAAGGUUGUAUCAAGUGUGUGAGUGUAUGCAGCCACUGUGUUUAUCCCCUGUAUUACACUUUUUAAAAAACUUUUUAAAGAUUUUUUUAAGAUGACUGUAACAUCUGUUCACUGCUUCCAGGUGAAAAAUAGCCUCUUGGCUCACAGUCACAGCAGAUUGUGACUGGUAAAUAAACCAAUGAAUAAAAAAAUAAAGUGUGAAUGUUGAACAUA